AUGAACGCUGGUGAGGCCGUCGUGAGCGCGCGGUCGACUUCGCCACCGGUGGAUUUGGCUCCGGUCACAUAUGGUGUGAGGUUUCCUCCAGUUGUGACUGCUGUCAGUACCGCUCCCGCUGAUGUUGACUCGGCUAUAACAAAGAACCCUGCCGAUGGACGUACUCCCAUGAGCACACCACCCGUUGAUGUGGUGGCGUUGUUUCGCCGUGUCGAGGCCUAUGAGGGUAGUUUGGCCCUGAUGUCUCCAUCACCGCAUAACUGGUCGCUUAGAUGCGAGAGCUUGGAACGAGAGUUGAGAGAAUCCAGCGCUAUCGUGUCGCAGCUUCGUAAGAAGAUGCAGCAUAAGAUGGUACUGACUUCGUCAUCUCUGGCCAAUAUGCUGCAUGACGGUGCCGAUUCUACCGAUUGA